AAUGGGUUGUUCGGUAGCGAAAUCAACUUAAAAAGAGCUUACCAAAUACUAACAACAUCAGUCACUCAGAGAACCAGAAAUUUAAGAUUAAUCACAUGUUAUAAUACCUAAAUCAAGUUCAAAAAAUAUUCCUCUCUUUGUUUAACCAAAUAGUUGUAGACGCACUUCAGAUAAUCUCGUUAGAUUCAAGACUGAAAUAGACUCCAAGGAGAAUUUACUCUCUAUCAAAAAAAAUCCUAUUUAUCUUAGAAGGGCCAGUUCAAAAACUUAAGCAGAUUAGAGCCAUGAUAUAUAAGCUAAAGAAUGAG